CGGGUCCGGAACACAACCGCCCGCCCUCCCAGUACUCAAGUUCAAGGAAUCCGACAUUGGUAAAAGGUUAAAAUGCCACCCAGGAAACAAGUCGAGACACUGGAACACAUGUGUUUCAUGGUCAUGGCUGGAACACUCCAUCAACUUGCAGUUGAAUUAGAAGAAGUUCCAGAAAGUUGCCAAGUGUCUGCAGAAGAAUUAUCAUCAAUUGUAGCAGCACUCCCUUCUGUCAUCAAUGAGAAUAUGAUUACAAAAGUCAUUGAAACAAUUUAUCAAACAGUGACUAGGACUCGAAGAACUAUUGGAAUGCGGACUUGUCUUGAAGUUUUACUGCAGCCACAUGUACAGAGAUUAGAUCUGAGUGGAUUGUUUUUCAAAAUGAGGCUCCCGGGAGCAAUUAAUAUGACGAUACGACAUGUUGUCCUUGAGAGUGUGGGAAACAUGAAAAAUCUGAUGAUACUUAAUAUGGUCAGCAAGUGUAGCGAUGAAAUCCUAUUUAUCAUCAGCAAAAUGUGUCCAAAUAUUAUUGAGGUGAUUGUAUCGAUCUCAGAUCUUGUUACUGACAAGGGGUUAAAAGCAUUAGCCUUAGGAUGUCCAAAGAUUGAAAAAUUGGGCAUCUCAAAAUGCUGGGAAGUAACAACAGAUGGCAUUGCUUAUGUUCUACAGUAUGGAAAAAAUUUACAAAAAGUGCAGUGUGACCAACUUGGAGCUGUCAUUAUCAGCAGAUUUAAAGAAUCUGAUGCCACAUUUAAGUUAACACAUUUCGAACAAACUCAGACCAUAUUUGAGCCACAAGAAGAAGAAAUUGCUUGGGUAGGGUGUGCUUGCCCAUGUAUAGAAUCUGCGAGUCUGUUUGUUGAUGAUGAGAGUUUGGCGCUGGUCCCACAGCUGGGUGAUAUCAGAGUACUGGAAAUAGAAACAUCAUCUGUAUUGGGUAAUGGCUUUGUUAAAGCAAUAACAAAUCUUGGUGAAUCACUGCUAACUCUGCAGCUAAAUUGUGAUGAGGUGAGUCAAGAAAAAAUUAUCCUCCUUGGUGAGUGUUGCCCUCUCCUGACAACCCUUCACAUAACGACAGCCACGGUGGAAGGAGACGAGCUCCUCUUUAAUCCAGGCCAACUGUUUUCAUCUCUCACGGCACUGCACCUCCAAGUCUGGAAAGAAACUGUUAUAAGUAAUGAAUGUGUAGAAUUUUUCCUCAUGUGGUGUCGCAAGCUGGAAUCAGUGGUACUUAAGGCUGAAGUGGAGUUCUUCACAGACCAAUACCUAAAACGAAUCCUUGCUGCCAAUCCUCUCACAGACGCCAAACGUAUCAUCUUUGCAUCAGACAAACAUGUGCCACUUACGUUGGAUAGUGUAUAUAGAUUAUUGGCUUCCUGUCCCUCUCUUGAGAAUCUUGGAGUAUCAUCUUGGGAUGUCAGCGAAGAAGAGUUCUUCAAAAUUCGUGAUGAUGUUAAGAAAAAUAAUUACAAUCUUACAAUCUCAUAAAUAAUUGUCACACACAUACAUGCAUAUAUAUAUGCAAAACCCACACUCACACUACUCCUACGUGCGCACACGUACACACACACAGGCGGGAUCCAAGAGUCAAUGCUCGAUCCUGCAGACACAACUAGGUGAG